AUGGCCACAGGGGGGCGCAAACUCGUCUCCUCCCCGCCAGUCUUCUCCGAAGACGGGGGGAAGCUGCUUGUCUGCACCGGCAACACCGUCUCUGUCUACAGUGCCUCCACCGGCAUGCUGGUGCUCUCUUCCUCCUCUCUCUCUCUCUCUCUCUCUCUCUCUCUCUCUCUCUCUCUCUCUCUCUCUCUCUCUCUCUCUCUCUCUCUCUCUCUCUCUCUCUCUCUCUCUCACUGUAUCCUAGUGCAUCAAGAGGCGGAAGAAAGAUGGAUGGACUUUUCUGCUUGCGUCAGUCUGCUAACAUUACUUCAUCUUUUUUCUUCUUUCUUGUCGGGAUUGUCCUUAGUACAGGUGACGGAGUUGGAAGGGCACACUGCGCUUGUGACGUCGGUGGUUAUGGUGCCAAUGGGCCAUCCGGCAAUGAGAUUCUCGUCAUUCUGCUGGACCUCGUCGUUGGACGGUACAAUAUGUUAUUGGGACUUUUCCUUGCCGGAAUUGAUCCGGCGGGUGGAGGUCAGGCUCCCAAUAUACUGCAUGGUGCGUACGGCAUUUCCAUCCUCUUAUUACUCUCCUCGUUUCCUUUUCUUCAUUUGACAAGCACAUGAGUAGUUGAAUUUUAUUCCGUACGAAAUUUUUACCCCGCUCCCGUGUUUUCAUGCAGCUGUUAGUGUCUAGAGUUUUAUUUUAUUUUAUUUUCAGCUACGGGUUUAAUUAUCUCAGGUAAUUCCAAGUUUAUCACGUUCCGGAGAUGAUACUACAGAGAAACCAUCCGAUCAUUGCGCAUUCAUCUCAGUUGAAGAUAUUAGUAAGCCAAAUAAUCACAAGAAAGCAUUGUGUGGGCAGAUUAAGAUGUACAACUUGUCUAAGUCUAAGUUUGUUGGAGGGUUAUUGGCUGAGGUAAAGUUAUUAUGCUUUCUCUAUAGUAUUCAUCAUUGAUAUUCAGUCCGUAACCCGAUCUUGAAGUUAAGAAAACUCUCAGUUUCUGAACUUUAAUCCAAUAUCUCUACUCUUAUUAGAUAUUCAAAAAUUUUGCGUUCUAAUGGUUCGAAAUAACUGGAUUUUGAUGAAUAGCAGCCGAAUAUCCUUUGUAUUUUAUGCAUAUGUGCUUCACAGUGGUGAAGACAUCCAGAAUAACAAGGCGUCACAUUACUGACGAAUAGAAAUUCUAUCGAUGUGAAUUGUGUACGGUGAAUAUGCAAUGUUGUCAAGAAAAUAUCUCAAUUUUCUGACUUGCAAAUUCAUACAUUGAAAAGUAGAGCUGUCCGAGGACACUAUAGAGAAAGAAAAUUGUCGGAUUCCUCUGAUAUAACUGCUUACUUAGUCUAUAUAGAAUCCUUUCGUAUUCAUAGUAACUCUGAGAUAACUUGAACGAAAACAGAAGUUGGAGUCUUUUUUGGGUAUUCUUUUUAUGAUAUAGCUUUGAUAAUUGAAAGACCCAGUCACUUCACUUAUAAAGUGAAUACCUAUGCACGAAAAAUUUAUUUAUUGAUUAAAAUGCAUUAUAUUUGUAUUUCUGGGCGGAAAGUGUUUUUGGAAUUGAUAAACUCUGAAUUCCGUCUGAACUUAUUCUUGCCUUUCUUGUUAGAUUUUUCUUUUAGUGUUGAAUUCUGACGGCAUUUAAAUUUUCCUGUGAUUCGUUUGAACUCAUCUCGUAAAUUUUGAUUUAUAAGGUUAAGCUUUUCGAAUGGUCUGGACUAGUCCAUUGGAAUGCCUUGCUAUCCCUUGUUCUCCUUAUCAUUGAUGAAAACUUGUCCUUGAGCUCAUAAUCUGCUUUGUUAACCCAUCUUAUUUCAGAACUGGGCUUUACUUUAAGAACCUAGACAAUGAUGCAUUCCAAGGCAGGAAGCUGCCCGUCUUCUACGUAGUUCUUGAGUUUGAAUCAGUGAUGUAGGGUUCUCUGGUGUGAAAAUAAUUUCUGGAUUCACUUCAUUGGUCCAUAUAAAAAAUGUGAAGUCUCUUUCUUGGUGAGGAGUAAUUGAUAUGCUGAGACCAAACAGAAGUGACAAAUUUUGAAUAAUAUACCGUAAAAAACUCUUGAGCCCUUUACCUUUUUCUCCUUUUUUGAGUAAUUUUUAUUUUGUGACUUUGUGACAGUACUUUUUAGUAAGGAUAUCCUUCAGAAUAGGUAAUGCUGCACAAUUGACAGAUGGGAAAUUUAAUUGGUUACCUUUUGGGAGAUGAGGAAAUUAUGGGCAAUCUUUCUUCUUGAUCCUUCAUGGCUUGUGCUUAUUGAUCGUCCAUUAUUCGGGCUUUCAUUAAAGCUCGUGUAGAUUUGUAUCUGAUGCUAUCAUUCCGGGAUCAUGUUCUUCAGCUGAUCCGCUUUUUAUUAGUUGUGCUGUUUCUCAUGGAGGAUAGGCUUUCCGGUGGCAUUCUGACUGCUGUUUACAUCCUCAUAGUUUUGAUGUUGCAGCUUUCGUCCUAAUCAAUGAAUGUUGCUUUCGCUGUGACAACCAUAAGAUGGAUGUGCUUUAAUGUUGAAAAAUACACUAAACGAAUGUGACGAAAUAUGCAUCAACUAACAUGCAAGGAUAACAGGAUUAUGAUAGUUAUAUCACUGCGAUCAAGAUCAGAAAAAAAAUAAUUCUUGAUUGAGUUCAUUCAUUGCUUCCUAGACAUGUUUUAUAUCUUUGUAUAGACUUUUAGAUAAACUUUGUUCUAUUAUUAAUAAUAAUCCACUCUCCUUAUGGCAGACGAUGAAAUAAUUGUUAUUAUCAACCCUCAUUAUGAAAUUUGAUUUGCCAAUUAAUUUGAACGCCUCUCAUCUUUUAAUAAAAAAACUUAUAGGAGUUUUCUCUUUCUGAAUUACGAUGCAUUAGACACGAGAGCUGAAGAACAUUUAUACCGUCACCUGCUUAGGUCUUGAAGUUUUUGAUUUUGCAGGUCUGGGUUUGAACGCUAUGAUUAUCUCCAAAUUCUGUCCAUUUAUUUCUCAUAGGAUUGAACUGUGAAACCAGUUUCUUCAUUUCAAACCUUGCUGGUAAUCUUAACCUUUAUUUUGCAACAUGCUGCUUGAGUCAGAAAAGAGAUGUGAAAAGACGAUCUUUUUAGAUGUGAAAAUGAGAAUCAAAAAAGUGCACUGAAUGUCGAUUGGAAGUGAGAAUACAAAAGAGUGUCAUUAGUAUCAUCUAGAGAGUGUGGGAUUAAAUAACUGAUUGCGGUUGUUCACAUAUAUUACGUUCAAUAUAGGUAAGACAAACUGGAGCAGUAGUUUUUUCAUUCUUGGUGUCUGAGGCUGGAACUGAAAACACAGUGUAGUACCUAGUUAACUGCUUUUGCCACAUACUGAGAUCACUUUUUCUUCAUGACCUUACUGGGAUUUUCAUAGAGAAAACCGGCCCCUAGUGAAGGCAGGGCAUCCUUGACCUGUCCAUCAUCUUUCUGGUACAUUUGUUAAUUAUCAAGCGAUUAUCUUCUAUCCAUUGCUAGAUUGGUUAGGGUUAUCCUGGCAAUUAUCAAAUGGUUUUCUGUUAGUAUAGAAGCACCAAAUUAAUGUUUUCUCCUCUAUGGGUGAUUGUUGCUCAGAUUGAUGGUUGUGCACUCGACAGUGAAAUUUAGCUUAUCCUUAUUCAGCAAUUUUUGUACUUAACAUAGUAAACAGUUGAUUUUCUAUCAAAUUUUCAAUAAUUUAGCGUGUUUUAGUGUUUUAUGUUUUCUUCUUCUUUAAUUGCAUCUUGGUAAUUUUGGUUUUCCAUUUGAUUAGCAUUCAUUCACCAAAACAUUUGGCUAACUUUUUCUCUCUUCCUUUUGUGUUUAGACUCGAAAACCAGAGGUCAUGACUGUAAGUAAAUCUGGAGAAUAUAUUGGUAUUAAAAACAAGCGGAAACUUCACAUAUGGAAGGUCCCUGUCAAAGAUUUUAGUUAUAAUGAAAUCAAAAAGAUCAAAUUGCAUCACACGAAAAGUUUGAGUACCCUUGCUUUCCAUCCAAGUGAGAGACUAGUUGCUGGAGGAGAUGUGACUGGCAGAAUUUUGUUGUGGAAAGGUUUCGGGAGGAGGAAGUUCUCAGAUACUGGACACAAGUUCAGUAAGUAUAUGUCAGAAGAUGAUGAAGAAAGGCCUGGUGUUAGGGGAGAUGAUGAUGCUGAAUUAUCCUCUACAUGGCAUUGGCAUCCCGCUGAAGUGAAAUUGCUUUCAUUCUCCUCUGAUGGAGCAUAUUUGUACUCAGGUAGACAUAGGCAUAUGAUCAAAAAAAAAAAAUAUACUUUUCUUUGAAAUCUAAGAUUAAAUGCAUGACAAAGUGAAAGCCAUUAUUGGGGGACGACGUUGAUGCUGGAUGUCCCCUUUCUUUAAAACUUAUAAAUAUUGAUUUAUGAAAACUUUUGAAAUUCAGUAGUUAAUCCUUUUGUCGAGUUUUUUGAACUUUUGCUGCUCAUAACUCUGAUCUACUGGGAAUGGAGUGGAUUCCGUUAGAUUUCGCUCAUGUAAUAUUGAUUUCCGACUCAUACUAAAAAUUUCUUCAUGGUCUUCAGGUGGAAAGGAAGGGGUUCUCGUGCUGUGGCAAAUAGACACAGGGAAGAAGAAGUUUUUACCACGAAUAGGAUCUCCUCUUCUGUAUUUUACUCAUUCUCCAGAUCCUUCACUCGCCUGUGUAAGAAUACUCUCUCAUGUUGUGAGACUUUAUAAGUGUGCUUAUUGUUUGAUGCCACUGUACUUUUUUCAAAUUUUAAUCCUAUUACUAUGUGAGAAGCAUGCAUUUCUCAAUCCUCACAAAAUCUACUAUGUUUCUAUAGUUGAAAUGACAGGUUUAGGUGCUUGGUUCCUGCUCUGGCACAUAACUGACAAGGCUCCAGGCUAAGCUUUAUGCUGUCCCGCUAGACAUUUCGCUGAAACGUUGAUGAUAUAUUAAGGCAAAGAGUACAACUUCAGUCUUAGAAUAGCCACAUCAACAAGAGAUAAAAUUAAUUGUAUACAUCUUGUUUCCAGAUUGCAGUGCUGUACUUUGAAUACAUCUUCUAGGAAGCGCGGUCAACUGAUAGAAAGAGAUUUGGUCUUACUUUUUCAUUUUAUUUCCCGUGUUUCUUCAUGCAAUAUUGGGUAGAUUUCUGUGAAGACAUUUUUUCAUUGAAAAUUUAGUAAAUGGGAAACGCCGUUAGAAGAGACAAGAACUUAAAUUUAUGUCUGGGACAUUACUUGGCCAUGAUGACUCAAUAUAUCAGUGGCUUGCUCUGGGUCCAUAUUCGUUCCUAAUAAAGGCAAACUAUCAAUUGAUGGUUAACUACUUGAGAAAUAAAAACAUAUUUGCCAUGACUGAAGUGAGAGUUGAAUAAGUCAUUACUAAAUGGAACCUAAAACAAAGAUUGCUGGUAAAAAUGAGUAGAAUAUCAUCGAAUAAGGAAGCCAUUUAUUGAAUCUGCAGAUUUUAUUGGGGAUUUUUUUUCCUUGCAUAAAUGUUUCUUUUAGCACCUUUCUUACCUUCGACACUCAGGCUACAACGGAAAAUAAAUGUUGCAGCAAACCAGAUGUUUUGCGGGGUAGAACAAAACUGAAUUGCACAAGUUUAAAAAUUGAUAAGCGGAUCCUGGAAGAGAAGGGGAAGGCUUCUUCAAACAACCCAAGAGGACAAGAAUACAGAUCCUAAAAAAGGGGGUUUCCGUCGUCUCCAAGACGAACAUCUUACUGUGAAAAGCAGAUGGUUAUCUAAUUGAGAUGAUAUUAAUGCCAGCAGAAUUGCCAGAGUUGGAGGAAAAAAAGGAUGAGAAAAUUAGAAGGGUUUUAUAGGUCACAUUUUCUGGGUAUAUUGGAAACACAAAAAGCUUUUAUUUUAAAUAUAUCAUUUGAGAUGCAAAUUCAGGGUGUUAUGGAUAAUGCUUUGUGCGUAAUCAGGGUUUGGUUGGAAUUUUAGGGUGUAGAUUGCAAGGUCUCCUUGUGUUCACCCUAGGCGAACUGAAUUACCUUGAGUUAUCUUGAGUAUCUUGAGUAUUAUCGAAUCUUUCAAUAUGGUAUGUUCUGUGAAUAUGCCCGUGGAUAGGAGACAUGGAAGGCCCGUUCAUCCUUUUAUGACGGUUAGAGAUGUGCAGCAUGCCUAUUUAUAAAAUAUAUGAUUUUUACUAAAAAACUUCUUUUUUCUGUAAUUAUUGGCGAUAAAAAAAUUAUCAUUGUAUGUCUCCAUCUGUUAUCAAAAUGCAUAUAUGUUAUCGGACAUGUUUUGCUAUUGGACAUCUCUAACUGAGUUUUUGCUCCCUCUAAACGAUAUUUGAGAUGUCCGUCAAUUUCAUGGAUGAAGUAUAUCUGUAGCAGUAGCUCCCUGUGCUGCUUGACUUCUCUUAUGAAUCUCGUUGGAUUUAAUUCUUAACCUGCUUUAAAAACUUUUGCGCGAUUUCACGUUAAAGUUAUCAUCGUGUUUCAAUACAUCGUGUUUAUUAUCUCCUUUCCUGGUUAUCUCUUCUCUCUUCGAGUGGUGGGUUGGGGACGGAUUGCUGAUAUAUUUGUCAUGCUCUUCUUGUUCUUUGAUUGUGAAGAUAUCCAUCAUCAGCAGCAUAUUUUUCUUUGAUGGUCAGGUAAUAGUUAUUUACCUUCACUGAAACAUAAUUUGUUUUUCUCAGAUAUCUUGUGCAGACAACCAAAUUCAAAUAGUCAACAUGUCCUCAAUGAAGAUUGUAAAGUCAAUAUCUGGAAUCAAGGUUUGUUUGUGUUGUUUCAUGCUGAUCAUAUUUCGUUUUGGUUAUAUAACUCUUGACAGAGAAUUUGGCAAUCAGCAAAUUAUUGUCUGACGGUCAGAAAGUCAAUAUAUUCUUUUGCAAAGCUUCAAUUUCUUCUCAAAUAUUUUUGUUAAACGUAAACCGACCUACAUUAUUGCCAACCAUUUAUCAUGGUUAUUUCUAAUAAGAUACGUGCUUGCAUGUUCUGUUCAGCUUCCUUUUUCAUUUCCGCGAGUUUAUGGAGAACUAUUCAGUGGAUUUGCCUUUGACCAUGCUGCUGGCUUUGUUGCUUUACGGACAGAAGCAUUUUGUGUACAGCUCUUCAGCUUGUUUUAUGAUGCAGAGAUUUCUCAGGUUUGUAAUAUAUUUACUUGUCUUAGUAUACACGUUUGAUGCUUUUUGUUGCAAUUUUCGUUGUUUGGUUUGGCCUGUUAGAAGAUAGAUUCGUUAAUUUGAUUGUUGGACUUCCGCUUCUAUACAGGUUCAAGUAUGUGAAAGGAACUAUCAACCUGUCGAUGACAUCACUGUAUGCUCUCUAUCACUUCAUUAUUUAAUGAAAAAUGAUUUUUGUCAUCCCACUCCUUGUUAUUGUUCCAAACUUUUCUCUUCUAAUAUGCAAAAGGCACUCUAAUUCGUCCUGCAUGUGUUUUCUCCUUUCUGUGCUUUUGCGCUGUUAAUUUUUUGCUCUUUGUCGGUCAUGACACAUUUCAUGAGGCAGCCAGUGCCAGAAACUAGCCACAGCUGAAAUGUUGAGGGGUGUACUUCAGUGGCCUUUCUCCCCUAAUGUUUAUCAGAUGCCAACCAAUAUCAUCACUGAUCUGUAAAGAAAAAGAACAAAUAUUAAUUUCGUGAAACAUUUUGAAAAUGGCAACUUUGUUAUGAUGAUGAUAUUGUGUUUUUCGCCACCCCCCCUCCCCCGGCUCUCAGUAAUUGAUGCUUGUCUUUUAUUUGAAUUUUUUAUUGAAGUUCCUUUUCUUACCGAGGACAAAUAUGCUUGAGUCUGUGGGAAGUUAUUGCUCUUUUAGUAUGGUUUGAUGCCUUUAUUUUGUCUGGUGUGGGGGAAGCAGUCUAACAUUAGGCCCAUUAAUUGGGAUGUUCCUAGUGCCUUUGGGAUUUUUUUUCUGUUUCCUUUCUCCCUUUGCGUUUUCUGGUUCCCUAAAAUUCUGUUAGUUUUCAUUUCAACUCAACCGACUAGGGUAGGAUUGCUAGUCAAAUGAAAAAUAAGAUGUCAAAGGAUCUUAGUCUGGAUCGUUAGCCAUAGAAGCCUGGUACGAGUUAAUUUUUACACAUAGAUCGUCGGUGAAUACCCUUUAUUUGGAAGGGUUCAUUGCUGCAGUAGACUUUAAUCUUGUUGUACCUCAUGGAUUUCUUUCCCUGUUUGCUUUUGUCGUAAUUGGGGUUUAAGAUGUAUGAUGCUCCCCAAAUCAACAAGCUCUACAGUGGUCAACUUUUUAACUGAUCAUUUGCUUUCCCUACCAUCUAUUCAGUUUUUAUUGUGAUGUCGAAGAUCCUGUUACUGUGUAUUCGAGAGAUCCCAAGCAACAGAUUUUAUGAGAGCUUUUAAUCCUAAAUGAAAUAAAGUCUGCAACAAUUUAUAUUUUUCUUACAGAAAAUUCAAUUGGUUCAAGUUGGGCACAUCCGAUCAAAUGAUUAGUUGUUGCGUUAUCAUGGAAAAGCUUGCUAAUGGACCAUUUUUUAAGACAAGAUUGUUAUGAUUGAUAGACAUUCGCAUCUAAUGGAUGGUAUUCAACCUGGUACAAAGAUCUUAAUGCACCCAACAUAUAAUGGAGAUCUGGAAUGAGACAUGAGAGUGGCCAAUUGUUUUUGGAGCGGAGGAAUGGAGGCUCUCAUUAUGAACCCCACAGUAACAGAUGGAGUAACGAGACAUCUGUUCGGAUAUCUGUUCUCUGUUUAAAAUAACUAUCCAGUAGUUAAACGAAUACCACAUUCUGAACAAAUGGUGUUUGCAGCGUAUAUUGUGUGGUAUGCACAACCCAUCAAAAGGGAACAAUAUGCUUUGUGGCCUUUUUUUUCUAGACUCUAUGUGAAGAAAAUACCGACGUGGAAUUUGCUUCUCUUGUCCAGAAUCAAUGGGACUCUGACGUCUGCUCCCUGGUUCUACUUAAUUUAUAUAGUUUUUUCUGCCUGUUAAUUAUUUAGUAGACCUUUGAGUACGCUUUCUGAUGACGGAUGUUGUCCAUCAGGGAUCUGGUUCUUAAAUUAUAUAAAAUUAUCGUCUCCUUUGCUAGAUUUCGUGAAAACCAGCUUAAUGGAAUAGGUCUUUGUGUUUCACUGUUAGGUUAUUUUCUGGUGAUGACCUUAUGUGACACGGAUUUUUUUGACAAAAUGUUCGUGCCGGUUCAGCUCUUUUUCAACUGAUCCUUUUUCCUCUUCAAUUCUAAUUUCUUUCACUUUUGCGUUUGCAGGUGGUUUUAUCUCUUCUUACUCUUUCCUUAGAUGGCUCAAAUAUGGGAACUGUUGAAGUUAAAUUGCCUGAGGAGGGAAUUGGAGGCCUUGUAUGUCUUAAAUUUUGGACACGUGGGUCUCGAGCUGGUGAUUAUUCUUUAUCAACUGUCGUAUAUGAACCUCACAGGUUAAUCUUUGCAUCAUCCUUUUCACUCAUCUCCAGCUUUUUAGAUAUAAACAUUGACUUUGUUAAUGCCAAUGUCUUGUUGGUACUGUAGCCUACGUGGUUGAUGCUCUGAGAUACGAAAAGUUUGUUUUCUACUAGAUGAAAAUAACAGAAGCUUGAAUAGAUGUAUGGUUUCUUAAGAUUCUUCCAUGCAUGUAUCUUAAUAUAUGGUAGAUGCUUUCUAAUAGUGUUCCUAAUGUUGGAAAAUUGAUAACCCUUGUAAAAGGAGCAUUAGAUUUUUUAUGUUUUAUGAUCAAUCUUGUUAUUCUCUUUCCAAGUUUUGUUUUCUUUGUUAUCAUUUAAUCAGCUUUAUAAUUGCAUUUUUUUUUCUGCUCUUGUUGUGUUAUGUUUCUCUGCUUAUUCAUUUUUUUAAUUGUAGUGAUGCUGGGAUUUCUGCUCUUGCUUUCCACCCUCAUAAAAGUAUGGCUGUGAGCUCUUCUUUUGGAGGUGAUUUUAAGGUAAUCCAGUUUUCCUCUCUCGUUCAUGUGUAUGUAUAUGGGUUUUUGGGUCCCUAGUAUCUAAUUGAUUCGUUUCUUUUUUCCUUCAGAUUUGGGUUUCUAAAUCUGGAGAACAGAAAUAUCAGAAGUUCCAGAAAUCUGGUUGGAGAUGUCAAUCUGUAGGUUCAUACAGGUACGCGAUUUUCAUGCUCUCCAAAAGUCCACCAUAAUUUUGAUUAGCAUUUUUUUUAAUCUUUACUUUCCUAAGAAAUGCUUUUCUGCGGGGUGUUGAGAUGAUUAGAUAUUUACAUGAACAUCAUGAACUAUUUUCAGUUUAUCUGAACAGUAAUAUAGACUUUCUGAUUACGGUUCCUGGUAUCAAUCAAAUAAAAUGCUAGAUCUGACUGUUUUUGUUUUUAGAAAAUACUUUUAGCUAACUUCGACGAAAAAUGCCUGCCCAAUAUUGAUUUUGAAGUUUAUAGGUAUUUUCGGACAAGCCAAUUCUCGCUGAAACAUGCUGGAAAUAAUGUGGACUCUCGUGAAAGGACUACAGCCAUUGAGCAUACACUUAACUGAUAAAUGAAACUGUACGAAAGAAAAUGAAUACUAAAUUAAAAAGAACUAAACAGGCGCAGUUAGUAAUAGUCCCCUGAAGAAAGCUUGGUGUUUUUAGAAUUACUGAAAUAUUACAUCCUGUGAUUCGUCGAUAUUAGGUAAAGAUGAAAUAUUGUCUGGUAAAUUGAUCAUGAAUAGUUUUAACAAUCUCCAGAUACCUUCAUGAUCUUGGUUACAAUUACGACAUAAUUGUUGUAAAUAUUUCUGCCAGGAAUGUCUCGUUAUCAGGCUUUUGCAGGAUGCGCUAUUUUCCCAUUUAAAAUCUUUAGUUAUUUUUCGGUAGUUUCAGUAAAAGAAUGGUAAAGUGUUGGUGCCAAUUCAAUGCAUAUUUCUGAGUCUUUCUUCAUACCGUACCCAGCUUUCAGUCUUAGUUCACAUGCGGUGUAAUACACACGCACCUGCUCUAAUGGCCGAUAUCUGUUAAUACUCAUCUGUACGUUGACUUGUUGGCACCCUUGGAGCGAUUUUUUCUUGGCACCCUUGUAGUUUCAUCUGUGUUAUAGCGUUUGGCUUAGGUAAUAUCUCGUGCAUGCAGGAAAAGGCCUAUGACAGCUGCUGCAUUUUCUGCUGAUGGCACUGUUCUAGCUGUUGCAGCAGAGUCAGUUGUGACGCUAUGGGAUCCUGAUACCAAUGUUCUUGUGACCGUUAUCGGAGAAACUUUCAUGGUCACCUUCUCAACUUUAUUGAGACAGUUUUAAAUUCUGAUUUUUUUUUAACUUUUUUUUCGCAACAAAUUUGUCUUUCCUCGUAACCCUCACUUAAAUUUAUGAGUUGGAUUUAGAGAAAAUAUUUUCUUACGUUUACCUUUCAUUUUCCUUAUUCAGCAGCCUAUUGUGAACCUUGUCUUUACUGGGGAUUCAAACUAUCUAGUUACAGCAUCCCGAGGUUUGAAACCACAGUUAGCUGUUUGGGAUAUGACGAGACUGUCUCUAUGCUGGUCUUAUAAGCUCUUUACAGAAGGUACAUAAUCUCCCCCACCCACCUCCUCCCCCCUGGGCUGUAAGAUUGAUGGAUGAGAGAUAAUAAUAGGUGAUCUGUAUACUCAAAUAGCCUUUAGGACUAUUUUGAGUAUAUAGAUUUAUUUGAGUAUAUACUCAAAUAAAUCUGCUUAAUGAAUCUUCUUUCUUGUGCAGCUGUUGCAUGCUCUGAGAAUGGAACUCAUUUUGCCGUCUUGGCACUUUUGCCCACUUCCAUCAAUGGUUCUACCCUCCAAGACCAGGACGGAUUAAUUUUACUUUUUGAUGCGGGACUUCCAAAUCCUGUUGCCACUUGGCUUGUGAGGAAGGUAAGUUUUUCCAUCCUUUAAGAAGCACAAGACUCGUGCCAUGUAUCUCAAAAUUCCUUCUGUUUAUGAGGCCCUCUUUAUUCACUGUUGAACCAUUUCCAUCAAGAUGAAAGAAGCAUAGAUGAUUAAUUAUCAUUCUUGGGUUUCCUCUUCUGCUUCCGAUGGCUGCAGCUUUCCGUUCUCCCUUUCUUUGAUCAUCAGCCAUGUUUAAUCAACGUCAUUGUCCAUUAAGUUGAAUAUUUUCCUUUCUUCUUAUUAUUAUGUUGCUUAUUUAGGCCAAAGGGGGCGGACUUGCUUUCUUGGAUCGUGACCCAACUCUUGAUGAUGGGAAAGUGACGGAGGGAACUGCUUCACAGUUGCUUGCAUUUAUAAACAACGAGCAUGAGUACAUUGUGUUUGAUCCAUUCACCAAUAAGGCACAUCGGAUCAGAAAAGGUGGCCAGGAUUCUCGUGUCUAUGAUGAAAAAGCAGGUAGAUACUGUUGUAUAACCUCUUCACAUUCUGGUUACUUAAUUACUUGUUUUUUAACUCAUUUUAUGAAUCAUCGUUCUAUGGCCCCAUAGAACAAGGAUCUCAGCCCCCCUGAUUGUGGAGGGGUGGACAGUGUGUUCUUAGGACAAAUGAGGAAAGGAAACCCACUUAGAUUCAGACGAAAUUAAGAGGCACUCAGGUUGUCGACAACCUGAGUCUCUACUCAAGAUGUUUCAUGUUCAUUUAUCACUCAUAUUUUAUAGUAACAAAUGUUUUUAGGCAUCUGCAAUCUUCGUUCUAUCUCCAAUCUUCUUGGAAGAACCUUUAGUUAAUAUUACAAAUGAAGAAUGAGAUCAACAGAGUGGCGAUCUCAAGAGAUUCUUUGUGACUCUCCCUCUAGAAUUGGGAGAUACCCUCUUUCCAAAUAAUUAAACAGACCAGGAACCUAACUAACUUGAGCUUCAUUCUCUCUCAGGAUCAUAUGGGUAUACUGCCGUUUAUGGAGAGCUCCCCAGAUUCAACCCUAGGGAGGAAGCGGCCCCAAUGAUUUCAUCGAUACCGUCAGACAGACCAUGGGAGACUAUAUUCACUGGGCCAUCCCAUGCUCUCGCACCUCUCACCAAGCUGUGCUCGACAUUCUUGGCGUCCUUGCUGGAAAGGAGGCCGAACAAGAAUGAAUUGGCAGCCCUCAACAGUGGCGGUGAUCUCUGA